AUGUCUGCGGACAAGAAGAUCAACGUCGGUGUCAUCGGCUAUGGCCUGAGCGCAAAAGUCUUCCACAUUCCAUUCAUCCAGGCCCUUCCCGACUACAACCUGUAUGCUAUCGUACAGCGUAGUCCAAAGUCAGGCGAUGACGCUUCUGCCCAUCACCCCGACACCAAGCUGUUCCGCAAUGUCGACGACUUGUUUGCUGACAAGACCGUCGAUCUGGUCAUCGUCACCAGCAUCCCAGACACACAUUACGAAUUCACAAAGAGGGCCAUCGAGAGCGGCAAGCACGUCGUUGUCGAGAAGCCAUUUGUCCCAACCUCAAAGGAAGCCAGAGAAUUGACCGCACUGGCCAAGGAGAACAAUCGCUUGCUAGCAGUCUACCAGAACAGGCGAUGGGAUCAGGACUUUGUCACCCUGAAGCAACUCUUGGCUUCAGGAAAGCUGGGCGAGAUUGCUGAAUUUGAGACGCACUUUGAUCGCUUCCGUCCUGAUCCUCCAACUCGCACGACAUGGAAAACCCUGGCCACGCCCGCAAGCGGCGCGCUCUAUGAUCUCGGAAGUCAUUUGCUCGAUCAGGUGUACCAUCUAUUCGGUGCGCCAAACUCGGUCACCGGCUUCGUCCAAGUGCAACGAAAGGGGCUCAAGACAGGCGACUGUGCGCCAGAUGCAUGCACAGUACUGCUCAAGUACGGAUCCCCCGAGGACGAGAUGCUGGUUACAGUCAAGAGCUCCGCCAUCAGUUCAGAGCAAGAACAGCUAAGAUUCUGGGUCCGCGGAACCAAGGGCUCGUUCAAGAAGUCACAUCUGGACGUGCAAGAACCUCAGCUUCUUGCUGGCGUCAAAUUGGACAGUCCUGAAUUUGGAGUUGAGCCUUCAUCCUCUCACGGCACACUGACCGUGGCUACUGAUGGCAAGUUCGAGCGCGAGACUAUUCCUUCCAUCGAGCCUCCACCUACUUAUAUCGAGUAUUACCGCACCCUUGCAAAGGCGGUGAAAGGCGAGGGCGAGGUACCUGUCAGUGGAGAUGAUGCCACGAAUGUACUAAGAAUUAUUGAGCUCGCUCAGGCCUCGUCAGAUAGUGGAAACUCGCAACCAUGGUGA